AUGGCACAUGCACUCAUUCUUGGAGCCUCCGGCAUUUCUGGCUGGUCUCUCGUGAACCAAGCUCGGACCUAUCCUACACCUACAACGUUCAACCGCAUCACCGGAACGACGAACCGUCCUCUUAGCCUACAACAGGCGCAGCUGCCGGAGGAUAAGCGUCUUUCAAUUGUCUCCGGAAUCGAUCUUACGAAGCCCGUAGAGGAGGUCGCCGAGUCUCUGAAAGAAAAGAUUCAAGACAUCGACAGUGUCUCCCACGUGUUUUUCACAGCGUACAUACAGACGGCCGACUUUCAAAGUUUGAAGGAAAAGAAUACGAGUCUCUUGGAAACCGCUGUAAGAGCCAUUGAGCAAGUCUCGCCCAAGCUGCAGGCUAUUAUUCUUCAAACAGGAGGGAAGGGCUACGGUCUUGAGUUUUCUAAGGAACUUGAGAUCAAGGCCCCACUUCGUGAGGACUAUCCCCGAAUUCCCAAACCAUGGGCAAGCAACAUCUUCUACUACACGCAAUACGACACGCUCAAAUCGCUCUCCGAGGGAAAUCCAUGGACCUUCACUGAGAUCCGCCCCGAUGGCAUCGUGGGCUUCACCCCUACCCCGAACCCGAUGAACAUGGCUCAAGGUAUCGGCCUCUACCUGAGCAUCUACCGAGCAGUCAAAGGCGCAGGCGCGAGUGUCCCCUUUCCGGGUUACGAGCACGGGUACCAUUCAACACACUCCGAUACCUUCCAGGAUAUCCUUUCGAAGAUGGAGAUCUACGCAGCUCUGAACCCGGAGAAGUGUGGCAACGGCGCCGUGUUCAACAUGGCAGACGGCAAGACGGUAUCGUGGUCUCAGGUCUGGCCUGGACUCUGCGCCCACUUCGGACUCACUGGAGAGGGACCUGGAGCUAAGUCAGUCAAGAUGGAGGACUUCGUGAAGGAGCAUAGAGAUGUGUGGACAGCGUUGGCCAAGGAACACGGCCUCGAUGAGAAGCUCAUUGACAAGCAAGGUUGGGCGCAUACCCACUUCAUGCUGGUCGACUUUGACUUUGAUCGGCAAUAUGAUUUGUCCCGGUCUCGAAAGGUUGGGUUUGCGGAAGAGAUUGACACAGUCGAUGGAUACGUUGUCUCUUGGAAACGAAUGCGCGCUGCUAAGCAGCUUCCUCCUCUGAAGUAG